GCCGCAGCAAACGCUGAUUCAUUGUGCUUCGAACAACCGGAACAGAGCGCGAGAGUGUAGCAAUCUUUAUCGGGUGGGCGCGCGUGCUUGUGUUUGUCUCGUCCGCGAGUUUGAAAGUGUUUAGCGAACAGAAUAGACAUUUCUAAUUGAAGACGUGUGCACGGGUGUGAAGUGUGUUUGCCAAAGAUAACAAACGGCAACUUUCUCGUUUGUUUAGAGAACGAGUUGCAAUUGCAAGCACCAAGUAGUAGGCCAUCAUCCAGCGCCAUUUCACAACCUUGCCCAACGGAGAGCGGGCGCGCGUUUGAGCUUGGACUACUUGGGGUGGAAGGGUGAAAGUAGACGGCAUUCCAGAGAAGGUGGUGCAUCACGUGCUUGUGCGUGUGUGGACGAACUGGCAUCCACGUCUGGCAAUCAUCAGUCAAAGCGUACCAUGGUCCUGAAGGCAUCGGAUGAAGGAAAGAUGAUGGAGUCGAACGGUUUCCACACGGUUGGGAUCGGAUCGAGCGCGAGGAAGGCACUGUUGAGCGCGCUGGAGGAUAAGCGGCUAGUUGUUGGGUUGGCCAGUGCCGUACGCAGCUUGGCGGCCAAUCCGGAGUUGUACAAUUUUUGCUUUCUGGCACCGUUCGACGACCACGGUGAGAGUGGUAGCCACAUGCAGGAGGUGCUGCUGGAAGCGUUCUGUCUCGAGCACGACAUCUACAUUAUACGGGUCGACAGUGCGGACAAAUUGAGCCGUUUGGUGCAGUCUCCGGUUGUGGCGUCCUGUGCGUUGGUACGCAAACUGCCACCGAAAAUGCUACGAAGAAUGAGCAGCGCCUUCCGACGAUCUGAAAGCAUCCUAAUCGAGCACUGUGAGCUGUACUGGGACGAACCACACAAACCCGUUAUCAAAUUGCCCGAAAAGUGAGCAACACAACCUCCCGUGUGUUAAGUUUUGUGAAACAAGAGGACGUCCUUUAGGAAGCCAGAGCGCAGCAACGAGUGAGCGACCUGCUUGUGCUAUAGAAUGGCAAAUAUUCUCCACUUACCUAAGAGCUAACUAGGCCAACUUCAGGGCCAUAAGUUUGAAAUCCUUUAGCCGGUAGCGGGAAACCGGGGGCCGCACGAUAAGCUAGGUUAAGCUAGGGAUACACAAGGAGCUACGAACGGCUCGAACUUUGACCGAUUUCGGUCCACCAAACAGUGCUGCACUGUAGCAAACGAUCGUUGGAAAGUGUGAACACGGUUUUUCUGUACUUUUAAACGCAAAUUACGUGCAAAAUAAAACACGAAAAUCAUCGACGUAAA